AGGGAAGAGCAAAAAGGGGUGAAAAAUAGGCAAUUCUAAAGGCUAAGAGAAUAAUGUGCGCUUGCAAAAAAAAAAAAUUCCUUUUUCCAUAUCACAGGGCUAGAGGAAGUAAAACAUGGUCACGGGAGACGAGGUUGGAAGUCAAUUGAGGGACGAAAAUCAGGACGUAGAGGAUGACGUAAAUCAAGAAGAGCGGGACCUAGGGGAUCGGGGGUCGGCAAAGUCACUAGGAAACAAGGAAAGGAGCAAGGACACUGUGCCCGGGGAAAACUCAGGAAAAAGCGGGGAAAGUAAACGGGGGACUCCAGGAGCCAAGGAAGUAAGAGAUAGGGAGAGUCCGGCACAUCAACAACCCGAGGGGGCGGAACCGAAAAAGGUGAGAUUGACGGAUACGCGAAGGAAGCUAGCCGAGGUAAAGAGACGCACGACAGAGUACAGGGCAAAGUUACUGGAGGAAAUCAUGAGCGAUGCCGAGAAAAAUGUCGCUGAUGACAGAACGCGGCAAGAAGAGGAACCGGACCUCGGGCAAGGAAGCCAGGAUGGGGAUGCACAACAUAGAAGGGAUCGGACUAGAGAUACAAGGGACACCCCAACAAGAAAAGGGAAAGAAGAAAUGGAGCCCCCUAGAGAAGAUAGGGAUAGACCAGUCAACCCGCCCCUACUGGACAGCGGAGCAAGCCGGCCCUCAGCAUCGCCCGCUUACCUCUUCGGGAGGAGGUUUAUCCUGAGGAUAGACCCAACCAAUGUCGUCGGGGCCCUGAAGAACUAUAAGCCUAUAGACCCGACUGUUGGAAGAUGGGUAGGAUCUAUCUGGCAGUUCGACUAUAAGAUUGAGCGCAUAGCCGGCCUUAGGAAUCGAGCACACGGACUGAGCAGGGUGGCCCUCACACCCGAAGGGCUAGAAGAGGCAGAGCCGAUCGACGCAUUCCUCGACUACGAGGGCGGGACGCUGGUAGCAGACAGCGAGAUGGCCGGAACCACUUGCACAAUUGGGGAGCUAUUCAUCAAAGCACUCGAAAAGGGGCCUCCGGCAGUGGUUGCCGAGUUAAGGGAAGGUACGGUCACCAGAAUUGGAAGGAGGGAAGAGAAGGACGCCUGGGGCAGUGUUGUGAAACCCCGGGAUGAACAAAUCGCACUAGCCAUUGAGGAAGGCUGGAGAAGGGUUAUGAGCAUGAUGGAGUCUCAGGAGCUGGAGAUGCAGCAUUGUCAGGCCUAUAAGGUGGAUAAUAAUCAGACGGGUACUCAGGAAGAAGAGCAGUUCUUCCUCAUCAAGUCAUAUGAAGAAAUCAAGAGCGAGGAGCGGGAGCAGGUAACGAGAAAUGGCCAGGCGUAUGACGCUUUGGGAAACUCGGCCGCGAGGAUCUUGCCGCCACGUUUCUUGGAUAGAAGGGUGAAGGUUAGCAUGCCCUCCAGGGGCGGGGUGUAUAAUCCGGUGAUGGACUGGGCUGGGGUAGAACUGGUAGAGGACACGGUGUACCUGGUGGUGGAACUAGAAUGGCGCGCAAGGGGGCGAUAUUCGCCAACAAUGGCGGCAAGACGCGUCUGUACCAACCGGCGGGACAUGCACCUGCAACCGCCCAUGGAAACCGGAGGCGGAUGAGAAGUGUCACUCCCGGCAAGCUACAUUGUCCGGGGGAUAGAUACGGAAUGGCGGGUUGUGACCCUAGGACGGAAUCAAGCUUUCAUGCUAGU